AAAGCCAUCCCCCCGUUCUGGCCCGUCGCACAUUCGGCCCCCGCGACUCGGUCGGAGCGGCGCUGGCAGAGGAGUGCCCGGCAGAGGGGCCUUCGCCCGCUCUUCGGUUUGCAAACACGCAGCAGGGAGAUUGGGUGGUAACUUCGCCGGCUUCCAGAUACCAAUGGGGACCCCAGUGGGGAAGUCGAUGUUGGUGCUUCUCGUCUCUUUGGCCUUCGCCUGGUGCUGCAUUGCUGCUUACCGCCCCAGCGAGACCCUGUGCGGUGGGGAGCUUGUUGACACGCUUCAGUUUGUCUGCUCGGACCGCGGCUUUUACUUCAGCAGGCCCUCAAGCCGUGCCAACCACCGUCGCAGCCGUGGCAUCGUGGAAGAAUGUUGCUUCCGCCGCUGUGACCUGGCCCUCCUGGAGACAUACUGUGCCACCCCCGCUAAGUCUGAGAGGGACGUGUCAACUUCUCUGGCCGUGCUUCCGGACGACUUCCCCAGAUACCCCGUGGGCAAGUUUUUCCAAUAUGACACCUGGAGACGGUCCUUCCAACGACUGCGCAGAGGCCUGCCUGCCCUCCUGCGUGCCCGCCGGGGUCGCAUGCUCGCCAGAGAGCUCGAAGCGUUCAGAGAGGCCAAGCGUCACCGUCCCCUGAUCGCCUUACCACCCAUCGAUCCCGCCCACGGGGGAGCCUCUUCGGAGAUGUCCAGCAGUCAUCAGUGAACCAAAUUUGUUUGGUAAUUCUGCAAUGUAAUACCAUCACUCUGUGGCCUCCUCUUGAGCAGGGACAGUUCCAUCAUGUCCCACACUAAGAUCUCUCUGCUCCACUUCCUUCCCUAGGCUUCCCCCCCCUCCCCCCAUGCCCCGCCUCCCCACAUCAGGCUACUUUGCCCCACACCAUCGGGCAAGCAAACGCUUCAAAACCAAAUCAAUUGGCUCUAAACAACUAAACCAAAUUGAUUGACUCUAAAGAACCCAAAAAUUUUGACACCCCCAAAUUAUUCUAAAAAAAUCUUUAAACAAAUUGUCCCUUUAAAACAAAUUGGCUUUUUAGAAACACCAGAACCAUUAAUUAAAAAUUAAAUAACAAAAGAAAUCAAUUGGCUAAAAACAAACUAAAAAUUAAUUGACUUAAAAACAAUUGGCAAAAUAAAAUAAUUCGGCCCCCCCCCUCCUCUUCUUCCCAUUUGGAUCUUUAGUCAAAUUGGCUUAGACUUGGAUCUCAGAACCCAAGAAGAAAGGAAGGGGACCCAAAACUUUCCAGGUGGCAUGUCAUGCUUCAGUGCCCUCUCCUUGUCACCACUCAGAUAGGGUGCUUUUAGCUUAAGCUGGCUGAGAACAACAAAGGCCACCCAAACUCUUUCUUCACUGGCCAUUCCAUCACAAAUGUCAUCAUGUCACCACCGGGCUGGGUGAGAGAACCCAAGGAAAGGAACAGAGUAUGAAAACUGGAAACAAAACUUAAUUGGCACAAGCCCCCAAGUUCCAAAACUCUCACUUAUCCUAAAAAGCACUUUUAUACUCAUCCCUGCAGACACACAGACAUGCAUGCACACACACACACACACACACACACACACGCACGCACGCACAACACACACACACACACACACACGCACGCACGCACAUACACACACACACACACACACACACACACACGCACGCACACUCACUCAUAUAGGUAUGCACACCCCUCACAAUUAGAUGAGAACAUUGAAAUUGCUAAAUAACUCCCAUUAGAACCACAUUGCCCAAACCAAGGUUCAUCCCAAAUUCCCUGAGCAGUUUGCAUGGUUUUAGCCUUCCCCCCCCCCCCCCCCAGUCCAUCUAGUUUCUGCUGCUGCUUGUGGGCCCUGUGUAUGAUCAGGCUGUUAGUUCUGUCUUUCCUAGGGAGGGAGGUGUUCUUACAAGGCUCACUUCCAUCUGGGCCAGUGCUCCCCAGCCCCCCCCCCCAAUGUGGGCCAAUGCCUAUCCACCUUAUGCGUUGGCCUCCCCCAGUGUAGAAUAAGUUUGGCCAGAUAAGGAGAUGGUACUGCCAAGUGAGACAUGCUGCCCGAGUAGCCUGACCCUGGGUGUGUUUCUAGGAGGAAAGAUCUGGGGGACACCCCCUACCCUGAGCACACCUAUGGGCCAUCUCUGUCAGUCUCCUGGGGAGCCCCCACCUUUUAGGGGCUCCCCAGGAGACUCACACUGAUGGUGGGGAGUGUGGGAAGUCUGGCGGUU